CUCACAGACGUAUGCGCGCUUCGGCUGGGUGACAGAGGUCAGGCAUUAUUUGGGGGCCGCCUGGUGCAGUGGGCGCGAAACCCGGAUCUCGACUGCCCCGCUUCCCCUUCACUCGUGCGUGGAGGUGUGCGUAUUCGCCGCGUGCGAUCGCUCUUCAAACUAGUCUUGCCGCGAUAGAGGCCGCGUACAAACGAGCCAUGUCGUGCGUCAAAAGCGCACAGUAGCACGCAAUUAUUAUGUACGCGAUUGACAACUCCCAGCAGGAUUCUGCACCUGGUCACAAGGCACGAACUACCCAAGCCUGGCUUGAAACCACGGACUUUAUACGAGCUGAAGACUGGUCCACAUCUAGCCCUUAAACUUCAAAUUAUGAAAUAUGUGGAGUCAUCGCUGGGCUGGGCCGGGGAACGGGGCGAGGACUCGAGCUACGACUCCGAAUGUGAAGAGGAUGUCGGUCACCGCACUGCCUCUAGGACGCCGUCGGACACGCUCGCAGCCGAGUUUGCGGAGUACGUCACUCUCGCCCCGGUCUUACCACCGCAUAACCAGGCGAAAAUAGACUUCGCAUUGAAGCUGGGUUAUUCAGAACAUCUAGCUCGCACAGCGCUGAUGCGUUUGGGUCCCGAUCCGCCCCGCAACGAGCUGCUAGCUGAGCUGAUUAAGCUGGCUUCUAAGCGGCCAAUUCGCCCAGCUUCGCCACCACAGACGAUAGAUCGUGAACCACAGUCAGACCGAUCGCCAUUGAGGCAUAUAGUCAUUGAUGGCAGCAAUGUGGCUAUGAGCCAUGGCAACAUGGAGAUAUUCUCGUGCCGAGGCAUCGAGAUCUGCGUGGAUUGGUUUCGAGCUCGAGGCCACAGAGACAUAUCCGUGUUUGUACCCAAAUGGCGCAAAGAGGCCACAAGACUAGAUAACCCUGUCUUGGACAGGGAUUGCUUAGAACGUCUCGAACGCGACAGAAUCCUACACUACACCCCUAGCAGACAUCUCGGAGGAAAACGACUCGUCUGCUACGACGAUAGAUAUAUCCUCAAACUUGCUGCUGAAACCGACGGAGUCGUCGUCUCCAACGACAACUAUAGAGAUCUGGCCAUCGAAAGCCCGGAAUUCAGAAGAGUCAUCGAGGAUAGACUCCUAAUGUACACCUUCGUGAACGACAGAUUCAUGCCGCCCGACGAUCCGCUCGGCAGAUCCGGCCCCACUUUGGAUGCGUUCCUCAGAGUUCCACCCUCCCGCACGGACCCCCCUCCGCCUUGUCCCUACGGACGCAAGUGUACCUACGGGAACAAAUGCAAGUUUCAUCACCCCGAACGCGCCGGCAGACCGCACAAAUCCAUUGCCGAAACGCUCUCGGAGCGAGCGGCGCGUCACGCUUUGCAGACGUUGAGCCUCCCUCCCGGUGGACACCCGUCAGACAUGAAGAAACCGUUAGCAAGAGCGCAUUCGGCUACGCCAAGACUAGCAGAUCUCACCCUCGCCACGCACUUCGAUAUAGCGCAACAGCCGGGACCCUCGCAGCCGAGUCACCAGCCUGAAAAUUCCCAUAGAAAACUCGCCAGACAGCUGACUUUGAACCCAGCCUGUGAUCCCAGAUUGCACGCGACCGCCUCUAGAGUUUGUUCGGCACCAGUCGGGGCGAUGGGUGCAACGCCUUUGUACAUGGCCGGAGCGUCCCUAUCUCCGUGUGCCUCGGAAGGCGCCCUCCAACAGUGGGAAGCGCGUAGACGGAUGCACUACCACUUGGCUAACAUAUUCCCAGAAGUGCAGGUAGUUGAAGCCAUGAAUGCGUACCCUGAGGAAACAGAUGCCCAGAAAAUGUGCGCUAUAAUCCUCGCCCGGUACAGACCGAGCGAGGCGACUCUUCCUUAUCCGUUGCAUUGAGACAUUGACCUUGAAUUAAUCUCAAUUUCGAAUGUAAAUCGAGCCUUAUUUCAAUGGUCAAAAAACGGAUUCAACAUUGUAGUCGGCGGUUUUAAUAUCGACUGACUCAAUUAUAGCAUUAUUGAAUAUUUGGUUAAAGAUUUUUUUUAACUCAAAUGCAUCAACUGGGUCUGCCAAUAUGUCUCAUAGGCAUUUAUUUGAGUUGACACGACAAGAUAUGCUUCUAAGAAGCAUAUCGCGGUAUUCAUUAAGUUUAGACACAAAUAAUGUACAAAUCACAAUAAUUAUAUGUUUCUUUCAGUAUCUUACAUCCUAACAAUUAUUGCUUUAUUCUAUUGCUAUUAAUUUUCUAUUUCAAAGUGCUCCAUAACAUCUGCCUUCUGUAUAUUUUAAUAAGCUAAUCUUAGGUUAUGUUGCAAUAAUGAUUAUUGUGAUGGUAUAAAUCAUUAUUGGUACUAUGUACCAAAUUUAAUCAAUUAUCUAAUAAGAAUAUAGGAACUGUUUAUGUUGCAUAGUUUAUUUACAAUCAAACUUUUUAUUAUUUGAAAUAGUUAAAAUUUGUUAUAUAUUUAUAUUAUUCUAAACAAUAAGGCCAGGUUAUAAAAUAAUAGUCAUUUAUUUUAGAAAUAAUUUUGUAACAUGUUUAAUUUGUAUUAAAUUGAACUUAAAAAAACGUUGAAUGCAAUGCAUGGAAAUGUAAGAUAUAUUAUGUUAUCUACAAGAGUGUUGUACUACAUAUAUUUCUAUUGUUAUAUUCAUAUAUAUAAUGUUUAUGGAGUAUAGCACUCGGUCCAAACUUUACCGGCAUUUUAAAGACUGUGUUCUCUGCUCUUAUAUUAACCGUAAAGUAAACCGUCUUUGAAAUGACUGUGAGUAUUGGCUUUAGUUUAAUAAGUUUUGCCAACAUCCACAUGUUGGGUAAAUUAACUUCAGUACUCAAACUAAUAUGGGGCAAUGUAGAUUGACUCGUUCAUGUUGGUACUGUGUUAACAUUUCAUAGUGAAGUGAGUAAUAUGAUGUCUUUUUUGACAUAGAUUAGAAUUAUAAAUAAAGAAUUAUGUGUCAAA